AUAUUUGAAAAAACCAUGCGGGUUCUGGAAAAGAAAAAACUCCUAGAAAGCCUAAUACUUCGAAUGAUAGGUUACACGGCAGGAAAUCUGGAGAACUUUCAGAACCUGCGCAGCCUUAGCCUGUAUGUGCCAAUGGAAGCCGAUGAUCUGACGGAAUGUAUUAAAUCGAACCCGAAUCUAAAAGAACUCGUCUUCACAAGCACAGAUAUGCACGGCAAACUGGCGGAUAUAACACCAUACUGCAGAAGUCUAGAAACACUGGAAAUUCAAAUGAAACCGGAAACGGAUGCCAGCGAGUACGCACCACUUGCCAGUUUGACGAAGCUAAAGACGUUCUAAAUUUUCGGAA